CUGCAGCCUUUCUUGAGCGACAGAACCUCACUGCUCUGAAAAUCGAGGAGUGGAAAGUUCUUCACCAGCCCUGAGAUCUCAAGAGUGGUAUUUGUGAAACCAGCUACUUUGAUUAAAAUCCUUCUGGAAUCUGCCUUGCUUGUGUCAUACCUAUGCAAGAUUUCAUCAUGGGCAGUGGCUAUUACAACAUCGUGGCUACCAUGUUGUUGGUCGUGAAUUUUGAGAGGACAAGAUCAGUGCAGGAUGCCUGUAGCAAAUGCCCACCUGGUACUUUCUGUGGGGAAAACAAGAAUCAGAUCUGCAUUCCUUGCCCUUCAAAUAGUUUCUCCAGCACCAGUGGACAAAGGGCCUGUGACAUAUGCAGGCAGUGUGAAGGUGUUUUUAGGACCAGGAAAGUGUGUUCCCCCACCAGCAAUGCAGAGUGUGAGUGCAUCUCAGGAUUCCACUGCUUGGGGGAGAGAUGUACCAUAUGUGAGCAGGACUGUAAACAAGGUCAAGAAUUAACCAAAGAGGGUUGUAAGGACUGCUGCUUUGGGACAUUUAAUGAUCAGAAACAUGGGAUCUGUCGGCCCUGGAAAAACUGCUCAUUGGAUGGCAAGUCUGUACGUGUGAACGGGACCAAGGAAAGUGACGUGGUGUGUGGACCGGCUCUGGCCGACUUCUCUCCGGGCACGACCUCUGCCACCAUCCCUGUGCCUGCAAGAGAUCCAGGUCAUACCUCCCAGAUCAUCAUCUUCUUCCUCGCACUGAUGUCAGUUGCCGUGCUGUUCCUCAUGUUCGUUCUGGCUCUCCGUUUCUCUAUUGUUAAACAUGGCAGAAAGAAACUCCUGUAUUUAUUCAAACAACCGUUUAUGAGACCAGUACAAACAGCCCAAGAGGAAGAUGCCUGUAGUUGCCGAUUUCCAGAAGAAGAAGAAGGAGAGUGUGAACUGUGAAGCAAAAAUCCACAGUGCCUCUGCAACCAUCUUGGAAGAAUCAACAUGGAAACAUGAGUGAUCCCACUAUCACAUCUUUCUAAAUCGAAAAACACCAUCCUAGAUAAGACUCAAGAUUACCCCCCUCUCCAAGUUUUCUCAAAAUGCUAACAGGUUGGCCUUUAAAAAUGUAUCUCUUUGAAGGGGAUGUGUAGGACUAAGCUGGUGGUGGUAAAAGGGCAUUUUCUUGUUUAAUAGGUUUGAGCUGUUUUUUUUUUUAAUCCCAAAGAGAGAGAAUUAUACUGCAAAUGAAGUCAUGUAGGCCAAUGGCCCAGCUAAAAUGAUAGUCAAAAUCAAUUUCCAUUUUUUUUUGUAUGUAUGUAUGUGCGCUAAUAUGCAGAAAAGCCGCAGAUGCAGGAAAUACCCCCAAUCAAACUUUCCCUGGGUUCAGAUAUUUGACACAAUGGGCUCUACUAAUGCAAGGAGGGAAAUAUGACAGUGCCCAAAUUGAGGUCAAGGGCUAACUAUCUCAGACCUUGAGGUAGAGUUUUGGAAAGAGUUUGGAUGUCUUUGCACAUCUGUAGCCCCUUCUACCCUAGGAUCUUCUGCUUUGUGACUCUCUUCUCUGAGACAGGAAUUAUGUUUUGGUCUUUUGUUGUUGUUUAACGUCCUUCUAAUUUAUUAUUGAAGUAUAAUUGAUGAGCAAUGUUAUAUUAGUUUCAGGUGUAUAACACAGUGGCUCAUUUCUGUACAUUGCUCAGUGCUCACGAGUGUAGUCCCCAUCUGUCACCACAGGAUCAUUGACUGUCCCCCCUGUGCUCUACUUGUCAUCUCUGUGACUUAAUCAUUUUACAACUAGAAGUUUAUGUCUCUUAGUCCCCUUCGUCUGUUUUGCCCAUUAAAAAAUUUGCAUAUGUGUUUUUAAUUCUGAAAAACAUUAAACAUAAUAUUUGAUACAUGAAUCAAUGAAAGAGGUAGGAAUGAACCAUUCUAGAAUGAACACCCAUGAGCCCACAGACCAACCAGGGUCCCACAGCAGGAGUUGCCAGACCCCCAACCACCAAAUCUGAGGCUUUGAACGGCUUAUGAGCUAAAAUUUACAUGUUUAAAUAGUGAAAAACAAAUCAAAAUAAGACUAGUAUCUCAUGACAUGCAAAAGUACGUAAAAUUCAAAUUUCAGAGUCCAUAAAUAAAGUUUUAUAGGAACACUUGGCCACACUCAGGUGGCUUUUGCAUUAUAACAGCAGAGUUGAGGAGUUGUGACAAGAGACAGUAGGGCCCACAAAGUCUACAAUAUUUAACAUCUGACCCUUGAUAGGGUCAGGGUCAAGGUCAGAGCAUUCACCUCUGUGUUGCUUCCCUCCCCCAUCUUCUGCCAAACUCCCCACCUCACCCCCAGGCACUGUCUCUCGGGAGCGUCCAUUCAAUCCAUUCCCUUGUUUUUGUUUUUGUUUUUGUUUUUAAAACAUUGCUCAUAUAUUCAUGUACCCCCAAACUACAUUAGUUUUGCUUGUUUUUUGACUUUAUGAAAAUGGUAUUGUGCUGUAUGUGACUUGCUUUAAUCACUCAAAAUUCUAUUUAUAAGAUUCAUUCAUGUAAUUGUGUGUAACUGGAAUGGAUUCAUUUUAAUGAUUGUAUAAUUUUGCAAAUAUACCAUAAUUUAUCAAUGUAUUCUGAGCCAAAAGA